CUUCACAACGAAAGAAGACUUCCGGCGUCUUCUUCGCAGCAAUUUACAAGUUAGCCAGGGGUUCAAAGAGCAAAGGUUCCGCUAUCUCCAGGCGACUCUUUUUCCUGCAAAAAUGGUGGGAAGGAAGGGCGGGGGUCGAGUUGGAGCUGACGACGGGGAGGAGGAUCUUGCGCGCAUUCCCUUGCAGGCCAUCUUAUUGGCGGACAGUUUCACCACAAAGUUCCGUCCAAUCACUCUUGAGAGACCUAAAGUGCUACUGCCGUUGGUUAAUGUCCCUAUGAUUGAUUAUACCUUGGCCUGGCUGGAGUCUGCUGGGGUUGAGGAGGUGUUUGUUUUUUGCUGUGCUCAUUCCAAGCAAGUGAUAGAUCAUCUGGAGAACUCCAAGUGGUUUGAGCAGCCGAACUUUGUUGUCACCCCUAUAGAAUCACACAAUGCUAUCAGUGCUGGAGAUGCUUUGCGUUUGGUAUAUGACCAGAACGUGAUACAUGGAGAUUUUGUCCUUGUUAGUGGUGAUACAGUCAGCAACAUGUCGCUUACAGAAGCACUGAAGGAACACAAGGAGAGGCGGCUAAAGGAUUCUAAAGCUGUAAUGACUAUGGUCAUUAAGCAGUCAAAGCCUUCACCAAUAACUCACCAAUCUCGGCUAGGAACUGAGGAGCUUUUUAUUGCGAUUGAACCAGAUUCAAAGCAGCUUCUGUACUAUGAGGACAAGUGUGAUGAUUCAAAAGGAUGCCUGUCUCUUGAAAAAGAACUUCUUACUGAUAAUCCUUCUAUUUCUCUUCACAACGACAAACAGGAUUGUUAUGUUGAUAUAUGCUCUCCUGAAGUUUUGAGUCUUUUCACUGACAAUUUUGACUAUCAGCAUCUACGUCGUCAUUUUGUGAAGGGGUUGCUUCUUGAUGAUAUUAUGGGUUAUAAAAUCUUCACCCAUGAAAUUCAAUCAAGUUAUGCGGCUAGAAUAGAUAACUUCAAAAGUUAUGACACUGUUAGCAAGGAUAUCAUUCAGAGAUGGACAUACCCCUUGGUCCCUGAUGUCCAAUUUUUCAGAAGUUCUGUAGCUAAACUGGGAAGGCGGGGUGUAUAUCGAGCAUCGGAAGUGAAGCAGUCUUGUUCAGCAAAGAUUGGCCCCUUUACUGUUAUUGGGAAUAACACUACAAUUGGAAAAAACUCUGAAAUUUCAAAUUCUGUUGUUGGUGAAGGCUGUAUAGUUGGAUCACAUGUCAGAAUAGAUGGUUGCUAUAUAUGGAACAAUGUUACUAUUGAAGAUGGAUGCAGAUUGAAACAUGCAAUUGUAUGUGAUGGAGUGAUAAUAAAGUCAAUGGGAGUUUUAGAUCCUGGGGCUGUAGUAUCAUUCAAGGUUCUGGUUGGUGAGCAUUUCCAUGUCCCUGCAUACUCGAAGGUGUCUUUGCUUCCUCAACCCAUGAAGCAAGAUAGUGAUGAGGAGCUGGAAUAUGCUGACAACAACAGUGCAAUUUCCAGUACAUCAGACAAGCUGAAUGAGGACACAAGCACUGAACCACUGAAUGCACAACAAUGUGCUACAUAUCAGGUUGGUGAUGGUGCUUUUGGGUACAUAUGGUCAAUUAGUGAGAGUGAGCUUGAGGAUGAUUGGAAACAUUCAGUUGCACCAAUUCCCGCAGAUAAGCUUGUUGGAAUUACACACAAUCUUAUUGAUGAACUGGAUGUCUCAAAUCAAGAGGGAAAUGCUCUUCCAACUUCUGGAGAACUGGAACCUGACUCUGACACUGAUGGUUCUAUUGAUGAAGCUGAAGAUAUCAGGAACGAGUCUAUGUUCUUUGAGAAAGAGGUUGAAGCAACAUUCCGAAGGGCUGUAGAGGAAAAUGUAAAUCAUGACCAUGUGGUUUUAGAAGUGAAUGCAUUGCGGUUGUCAUCCAAUAUGGCUUCAGAAGAUUGUGCUGGUGCCUUGUUCUAUUCUAUGAUGAAAUUGUCACUGGAUACCCCACAUAGCUCGUCAAUUGAACUGGUGAAAAAUGCAGGGAUUGUAUUUAACAAAUGGAAAAAGCUUUUGAAGUACUACCUGCCUAGCAUUGAUGAGGAGAUUGAAGUGAUAAUUAAACUGGAAGAGUUUUGUUCAGAAUCUAUCAAGGAGUAUUCCCAUGUGUUUGUAGAGAUAUUGCAUGUUCUUUAUGACCAAGACAUCAUUCCAGAAGAAGCUAUACUUAAGUGGGCCUCAGAGAGAGAAGAAGCGGAUGAAUCAGACAAGUUUUAUGUCAAGCAAGCAGAAAAACUGAUUCAGUGGCUCAGAGAAGCAUCUGAAGAGGAGGAUUGAGAUGGCUGUUAAGCUUAAGAUGCUCCCUAUUAGUGCGUUUUGCAAAAUACAAUUGAGACCGCAGUCGGACUGAUUGAUCAAUUAGUGCAAAUAGCUUCAAGGACUUGUAGAUGAGUGCCUUUUUUUUUGGCUAGUUUCAUUUUAUUUCUUUUUUCUCAUUAUGUUAUGUAUUUUGGUGCAUUUUCCAUUCUUUACGAAACUCUGUUAGGUUUGGUCUUUUCCUUUUUGGUCAUUGGCUUAAGAUGAAAUUUUUACAUGUACAGUUGGAAAAACAAAUUUGAGCAUUUAGUAGUAUGGCUCUGCCUCAUUGAGUCAUUGUGCUGCCAAAGCUGUGCUUCCCAGACAUGCUCAUGGGUGGAUCCUCCUUGUAAGGAAAAGAGUACCUACAAUACUUUAUGAAUAGAUUCAAUAAAUACUACGUAAUAAUUUGGAAACCUUUAUAUACUAGUAUAA